CACGCACAAGCGAUUCACUCACACAACCAUCGAAAUCUUCGCUCUGCCCCACCAUCGCGAACCUCCCUCUCCCCCAGAACAUCACCCCUCAUAACGACCCCUCCUCUCCCUAUAAAUCAGCCAUAAUGAACGGUGAAGAUCCGCCUGAGAGGCCCAGCGAGAUCACGGCCAUCAUCAACGGACUCGAGCGAUACAACCCCGAGGCUGUCGGCGCCCUUGAGACCUAUCUCCAAGACCAAUGCGAGCAGAAGUUCACUGACUGCAAUGCCAACCGAACGCUGCUGAAACUAUACCAGCUCAACCCCGACCGUAUCAAGGAUGAGGUGAUCACCAACGUCUUGGUCAAGACAAUGACCCAGUUCCCCUCGGCACAGUUCUCUCUCGCUCUCCACCUCAUCAACCCCUCCGCUGCUGUCACUGGUGACCUCGGCGAAGCUAUCACUAAGCUCCGAUCCCUCAACGGUCAGCUCGAGGGUGCUCAGUACUCCCGUUUCUGGGCCGAUCUCGACGACGACAUGGUUGCCGAUUUGAUUGCCGACAUUCCUGACUUUGAGGACGUCGUUCGACACAGGAUCGCCCUUCUCGUCUCACAGGCUUUCCGUGAGCUCCAGAUCACCCAUCUCGAGUCAUGGCUCGGUCUCAACGAGGACGCCACCAAGAAGUUUGUUACCGAGGUUUGUGGUUGGACUGUCGAGAGUGACGGCAGCGUCAAGGUUCCCUCAAACCCUGACAACGAGGCCAAGAAGGCUGAGAUCCGUGAGGACGUCAACGUCGAGCAGUUCUCCAGGGUAAUCCGACGGUCGUGGGAGGACACUGUUUGAGCUUUUUGAUGAGAGUUUUAGCGGAUCACAAGGAAUUUUUCGCGCACUUCCCCCACCAUCUGAUCUGAUUGGAUUCGGCCAUUACGAUUGAUGAUGCGGAGGGGUUAGGAAGGGCUCACAUGGUAGCAUGGCGGGGGUUACAAAAACUAGGCGUUUAAUCGGACAUGUCAUUGCAGAGCAAUCCAAGGAUCUAGAAAUGCAUAGAACUUUGCGAUUUACUACAUCGUAUCUGGCUCAUGUAGACCGACAAUGUGGCUUGAUUACAGUGCUUUUGAUUCGCUAUAUUGAUUUUCCCAAUUGUCCUGGUAUUUAUUUCCCCUUGGACAGCUCCUCCCAUUGCACGCCAGCCCAUUCUUCCAGGUAGCCAACCUCUCCAACUGGUGUUCCCCUAGGCGAGCAAUCUUUCUCACAUACACCAACAAUUAUCGUACCCCACUCCAUGCCCUCCAAACUCAUGUCGUCUGCCUCAAGCUCUGCAAUAGCGUUUGGUGUCAACUGCACCUCGAAAACUCUUCUCGCCGUACAGUUGGGGCAUCGGGGGAUAGCACCCUUGUUCACAACCUCACCAACAGCAUCCUUCUUUGAAUAUAAGAGAGGGGUACCUGCAAACUCAUAACGAAUAACUUGCUCAGGGUUCUGCGCCAGACGAUCUGCAAACUUCUGGAAUGUAGCGUCCAUGCUUGACUCGAAAGCCUCGCGGUCCAGUAUCGAGGGUUCCGCGGCAUCAGCAUCUUCAAGACGGGCGUUGGUGGGAACGUUCGUGGGUGUAGGUUCCAGAGUUUCAAAGUCGGCGUCGGCUAGAUAGAGAGUAGGAUACGGCUGGGCCUGGGCAUCUUCGGUGGGCCAAGGUUCUGAAGGUUGAGGUGGCGACGCCGGUGUAUCCUUAAUAUUGAGAGACUCUGCAAAUGUUUUGCUGAGGGCUGUUGUUGCUGGCUCAGGAGAGGCAGGUUUGGCAGGUUCAGGCUGUGAACUCGAAGAGGAAAAUGGAUUCGCAGAACCAGAGCUGAAGGGGUUUCCAGAAACGUUGGAAGUGCUGAAUGGGUUCGCAUUACUAGAGAAGGGGUUUGCGCCAGAAGCACUUCCCAGUCCCUUGGAACCAAACAGAGUCUCUCCUAAUCCAGGUCCAUCUUUAUUUGGCUUGUCCUCUUCAACUUUCUUCUCCUCCUUGGGCUCUUUGGGUGCCUCCUCCUUCCACACCCUCAGGCCUCUCAGUGCGCGGAUGCUGCCAUCUUUGCGCCGGCAAGUCUGUCUUCUACAGGCGAAGACAUAAAUUCGUCGCUCAUGCUCAGGGAAUCGUUCGGGGAGUUCGCCGUUGAGUUGCAGAAUCAAAGCCAUGAAAUCCUUGCAGACUUUGCAUCGUGCGUAGGCUGCGCUGGGAGCAUUCUCGCCUAACCAAUCCUGAUAUCGUUGUUAGUCGGUACAGUUUUGUCUGGUGCGGAACAAGCCAAAGACGUACGGGACGGCCUCCGAGCUUGCUGACAGUGUCUUCGUCUGCUUCUUUAGAAGCAUAUCCCAGGAGGACAUUCGUCUCCUCAAAUUCGCCGUCCGAGGAAUCGGAAUCGUAUGAGGCCAUGAUAUUGAUAUUGAUGGGCUUGGUUUAAGUGAUUGUUUGGUGGGGUAAAUAUUUUUUUUCUUUACAAAAAGCUGUCUGUCACAAUGCGGGGCUUAGCGUAUCAAUAGAAAUGUUGGAC